AAUUUUUGUUUUUAACUGUUAUUAUAUAUGAAUCAUGACGCCCAGACUGGUUCACGACGGUCGUAUAUUCUGGUUCUAGGCCUUUUCUCAGACUGAAAACAAGAUUCAUUUUCAUAAAGUUUAUAUGCAGGCUGAUGAUGAAAGGUAAAUAUAAAUUUAAGUCGCACGAAACCCCAGUGCGCAACCUCUUUCUGUACAUAAUCAAGAUUGCAAAUAUUUUUUAAGUGACUCUUACUUGGAAUUAUCUUCCAAACCCUCAAAUUGAUGUGAGAUAUAUAACCUUGCUAUAAAUUCAUGGUUUUUAUUUCAGCUUUUUGGGGUUCAACAGUACGUGAAUAAUGGGUGUUUCACGAAAAUGGGCUUCUGUCGCGAUCACCCGGAAAGUUCCUCCUUUUUUAAAAGUCUGAGUUGAGACCCAUGAACUGUCACUUUCGCUUGUAAAAAUGACACUGACUUUAGUUAGUUUGCCUCCCAUCUACUUUGACUUUUAUAAUUUUAACUUGGUCUUCAUUAUAGAUCUAGAGAUUAAAAGGUUAUUCUAUUUUCUGGAGGCUGUUUGCAAGCUUAACCCUGUUGAUGCUAUGACAAUGGAUAUGAUCUCUAUGCGAAUGAGUCAGAGCUACUCUGUAGAUGUUCGUCUACUGAAGCCAGUUUAAUUGUCAGACAGGAAGCCUGUCGCCAGUGGUUUCUCUGCGCUUUCUCACUCUUCAACCUUUUUUUUUUUUACCAAAGACAGUGUAAACUAAGGAAUUUUUUAAAAGACAUUGUUUACAGAAAUUUUUCUUAACUUUUCAUGGUCACAUAAUUCUGAAAAAGCUUUCAACACUCGGCCAUUUGCCUAAUGUUCUGUGAUCAGUCCUUUUUAUGACUCCAGUCAGUCUACGCUGUUCAAACUCAGUAAUAUAGGCACAUGUACCAGCAUUGUUAACCCCCGUCCACCGGUUGCCAGGUUUAUGUUCCCUGUAAGUGUAUUUUGGCACUUCGUUUUUCCCUCCGAUCCCGCAUCAGUCCGGUCCCUGGCUCUAGCACGCUGAGCAUCAUCCAUGUUGUGAUGACUUGGUCCCGUAUUCAUGCAGCUCAAGUGUGUGUGUCGGUCUGCUUGAGUUUACUGUGUGCAUUUGUGGCCAACUUCUAGAACUGCCUGCGUUGGUUCGAAACGAAGCGUGCAUGAUAUCUUAUUCAAAAUACGCCAAGUUGGUAGCUCUAGAUGUUCGUCCAAUGAAAUUAGAACGAGUAGGCCCACUUACACGGGAGGAGCUUGAAAGGAUAGCGAGGAAACAAGACUUCCAUUUUUCUAUAAAAUCUUUCAAAUGAGAUUGAUUUUAUAUAAAAAAUGAUACCUGAAAAAAAUAAGCUUAUUUUGAUUGUUUUGAAUACCAUUGUGGAGGUAAAAAAAAAAUUUGAGAGCAAAACAUUCUGAAAUGGACCUAUUUCCUUUCGAACCUUAGAUCAUUUGUAGCAACAAGAGUGCCUGAAAGAUUAUUCGAAUGGGCGUAACUACCCGUAAAGACUUAUCAACUUAUGAGAGGGGGUUGUUCAUGUGUUCGUAACACUUAAUAGAGAAAACUAAAUAAUAUAGAGCGUUAUUUUCAUCAUCGAUUAACACCCCCACCCCCACUGUAUUCACGGCGAAAACUCACGUUUUCAGGGCAGCUCGCUGUACACUAACAGUACAUGCUGAGUGACGUCAACACAUCAGUGGCCCGCCGGGAACGUCUGUGGUAUAAAGUUACUUAUAAAAUUCGCAUCUUGGCACAGACGCAGAACAGGAGUUAAACAUUACACUUAUUAGUGGUUUAUUAGAAUGAGAUGAGUUUUACACUGACAUACUUUUUCUUCUACAAAAAGCUUUCACUUUUAGAUGCCUUUUGAGCCCUUUUGUGUCUCAAGGCUCAUCUCUUUUUUUUUUUGUAUUCAUGUCACAUCAUCUUUACAUCAAUGUUUGAGCUGUUUUCUGUCCUGUUAUGUCAGUCCUUCAUUUCUUGAUUUUUGUGUAAGUUUAACAAGCAUUGUAACUUUUGAUAUGGGCAGAUGGCAGAUAAUCUGGGGCAUUAGAGUGAAACAUUCCCUUUACCUCUAAAUGAAUUCUCAGUUGUUUUUUUCAUGAAAAGGGGUGACAAUCUAUUAGCAAGUACCACCAAUGAAGAGGCUGUGUGUAUCCUCUAUUCCUCUUUUCCCUCACCCCAGCCGGACAAGAGUUCUAUAAUUAGCAUUUGAUUAAGUUCCCCACUUACCCUAAUCUAAUGUAGUCUUCUGAGAAGUGCGAGAAGUAUGAUUAUGACCUGGAAUUGUGUGCUUUGUUCAGGGCAUGUGUGUAUUUAAGUACACUAUUGUAUCUGAUUCGAGACUUGAUUUGCCUGGGACAACGUCAUAUCAUUGGUACAGUAUCAAUUAUUUCUUCAGACUAUCAUAAUUGUAUUUAAAUUUUUAAACUCUUUAAUAUUAUGUAGAGAUACGUUGAUGUUUUAUUAUUAUUAUAAUUUUAUCAGUUGCUAUGAGUUUCUUAUUUUUUGUUUCUAAAUAAAAAUUAUAUCUUUCUGUUUUCAAGGAAGUCCUAGUAUUUUGAAUUCUGACACCAUGCAAGAAGUGAAUGUAAAGGUUGCUGUACGGGUUCGCCCACUGCUACCAAAAGAGAAACUAGGUGGGGAGCAGAUGUGUGUGAGGAGUGGCUCUAGUCCAAAUCAGCUGAUAUUAGGAUCAGACAGAUCAUUUACUUUUGACCAUGUGUUCCAUAAUAAAUCGCAGCAGGAUGAAAUCUUCGGUUUGUGCGUCAAACCCUUGGUUCACAGCCUGUUUGACGGAUACAAUGCCACAGUCUUCGCUUAUGGCCAGACGGGCUCCGGCAAGACAUACACCAUUGGAGGUGGAGAUAUCACGACUCUGACUGAAGAAGAGUAUGGCAUCAUUCCACGUGCCCUGGUUCACAUGUUUCAAAAGAUGGAGGAGGACAAGAAAAAGUCUUACACGGUUGCUGUGUCGUAUAUUGAAAUCUACAUGGAGGAACUACGGGACCUGCUGGACCUUGAGACAUCCUCCAAGGACCUACACGUGCGGGAAGACAGUAAAGGCAACACAGUUAUUGUCGGAGCUCGAGAGGUUCAGUGUGAGAGUCUUGAUGAAGUUAUGUCCCUUCUGGAGUCUGGUUCGACCGCCAGGCACACUGGGUCAACACAGAUGAAUGAACAGUCGAGCCGGUCUCAUUCCAUCUUUACAGUGGUUAUCGGCCAGAAGUGGUCAGAGGCUGACGCAGGGACAGAGAAAAGGGCGAGCACUCCAGGUGAUGGUGGCCUGGAACCACAGGAUGAGCAAGAAAUCGGCCACUACAUGAGUGGAAAAUUCAGCUUUGUGGACCUGGCUGGCUCAGAGCGUGCACACAAGACGGGAAACAUUGGAGACAGAUUCAAAGAAUCUAUUCACAUCAACUCUGGUCUCCUGUCUGUGGGGAAUGUGAUCAGUGCCCUGGGAGAUGGUAAGAAGAAAUCCAUGCACAUUCCUUACAGAGACUCCAAGAUCACUCGCUUGCUGAAGGAUUCUCUUGGUGGUAAUGCCAAAACUCUCAUGAUCUGUUGUAUCAGCCCAGCCUCGUCAAAUUUUGAUGAAAGUUUGAAUUCCCUCAAAUAUGCCAAUAGGGCGAAGAACAUCAAGAACAAGCCGAUCAUCAACAGGGACAUCCAGUCCAUCCGAUUUGAGGAAAUGCAGUGUGAGAUUAAGGCUUUACGAGAAGAACUGGCCAGACAACGUACGACAGUCAUGGGCAUGUACUCGGACACAGAUGCUGACCAGAUCAAGGAACUGGAGCAGAAAAUUGUCAGGCUGCAGACUGAGUGUGCUCACUACAAGACAGUGGCUGAGGAGGCUUACAGACACAUGCUGGAGAUACAGGAGAAGGAAGUGCUGAGUCGCAGUCACAACCUGAGGCUCCGAGAUUGGAUGGAGUUGUUGGAGGAGAUCAAGAACAAAGUGCCUAUGACCUUGAGUCAGGAGGAGAUGCAGAAUGAGACGAUCCGGAGUCUUCAGCAGGAGCUUCAGAAAUGUCGCAGUCAUCUUGAGAGUGAUGAGACGAUAUUUGCCGACAAGACAAGGGAGGUCAAUUCGCUUAAUGACACCAUCAAGGAAAUGGAGAAAUCACGGGGCCAAACAGAGUGGCAACUAGAAGACAUGUCGCUACGUUGUGAGCAGCAGGCAGAGCAGCUUUUUUCUCAGCAGGUCCGCAUUGAGGAGUUGGAGGCAGCACUGAAGGCUUUGUCUGGUGGUGGUGUGUCCUCCGGAAGUCUGGACGCUGCUUCUUCCUUCCCGUCGACACGCACCGGACACACCUCUGCCCGCAGACCCAAGUCAGUACCUGCCAAGAUCCAUGCGGAAAGAGAGGCCCAGAUGUUGCGUCCUCCGUCCCGACUCAUCAAGACGAGCCCAGCGUUGUUCACGCUGGAGCGGGUUAUGCAGAGUUUCCGCGCCAGGAGCCAGCUUUUGGUCAGUCGUCUGGAGGAUGCCGACGAUGUUCUGCACCAGACGUUCAGCGACAACGACGACGAUGGUGAUGAUGUUGCUGCCGAGGAUGGGGGGGCAGCAACGACGAAGGUGGUGGUUGCCCCAGCUACCCCCAUGGAGAACGGUCAGGAUGAUUCUCUGAGCAGGAAAGCUGCAGCCCUCAAGCGGCGUGGAACAUUUCAAGUCAAACGAGGAGGAGGUGCAGGGCCUGUUGCUCAACCCAGGAAUAGUCUCCCUGAUGUUGCUGUAGGCAGCAGAAAUGGUGAUACAGGGUUUCACUCUAGUUCUCAAAUGGCGAAUGAAGCUGCCGAUGUGUCUCGCUCUAGCCAAGAAGGCGGUCGUCUCAUCAACAUGGACGUGGAGUCGAGUGCUGAGAUCCAACGCAAGCUUAUCAAACAGUCACAGCUGCGUGUUCUGGAGGCUAACCAGAAGAUACGGGACCUGUCCAUCAACAUCAGAAUGAAGGAGCAAUUGAUCCGGGAGUUGGUCAAAUCAGAGAAAGAUGCAGAGUUGAUGAACAAACAGUAUGCAGAAAAGAUCAAGGGUUUGGAAAAGGAAAAAGAGGCUGCCAAGAAAGAUUUGUCGGAGGUCCAGCGAGCGCUGCAGAAUUUGGAGCAUAGAGACAAGGCUGAGGUUUCCAAUAUGCAGAAGCUGGAGACGGACUACAAGAAAAAGAUUGAAGAUGCCAAGGCCAAGGUCUCAGCUUUGCAGAAGAAACAGAGGGAGACGGAGAAAGUGGCCAAUUUCGCCAGUCAGCAUGAGAAAAAAAUCCAGGACCUGGAGAUAGCCAUUGACCGCAUGAAGCAACAGCAGGAGACCAUGCAUAAGAAGUUACGAGAUGAGUCGGAGCAAAAGUCGAAACUGGAGCGAGAGAUGCAACGAGAAGUUCAAAAGGUCAAGGAGCUGGAGAUCAGGGAUGAACAGACACAGAAAAUCUUGAAGCGAAAGAAUGAGGAGAUCGCCUCUGCCAAACGACGCCUACGCUCUGCCUCUGGAGUGCUUCCUCCCAUUCCAAGCGAGGAGCAGGACAAGCUGGAAGAACAGCGGCGCUGGCUGGACGCUGAAGUGGAGAAGGUUCUGGAGCAACGCAGGCAGAAUGAAAACUUGGAAAAGGACUUGCACAAGAGGGAAGCCAUCAUUGCCAAGAAAGAGGCUGUGCUGUCGGAGAAGAGCGAACUGGAGAUCAAGAGGAUGAGGUCAAGCCAAAGCAUUCAGGAUAAUCUUCGAUCUGUGUCCUCGAAACUGGAGACAGUGGAGAAACGUCUGGAGGAGAAGAAGCGAGAGCUGCCUGAGGUGCCGGAUGAGCGGCGGUCAACUGUGAAGGAGGAGAUCAUCAAACUGAGGCAGACGCGGGACAAACUUCACAAGCAGCGAGCUGGGCUGGAUGCCAAGCUAGGGGAGGGCAAAGUUCUGACUGUGGAGGAGGAGAGGAGACUGAUUGAAAUGGAUGAGGCCAUUGAGGCGUUGGAUGCGGCAAUCCAGUACAAGGACGAGAACAUUCAGGUGCGGCAGAUGGAGGUUCGGCAAUCCCAGCAGGCCCUUGCACAGAGUGAAGAAAACCUGCUCCAGCGCCUCAACUCCCUGACGACGGCCGAGACGCGCUCCUUGCUCUCACGCUACUUUGACAAGGUCGUCGGCCUCCGAGACCAGGAGAGGAAGCUCAAUCUAAAGUGCAGUGAGAUGGAGAUGAAAACGGAUGAACAAGAGCGCCUGAUCCGUGAGCUGGAAGGAGCCUUGCAGAGGUCAGCCUUAGAGAUUGACCGCAAGCUAACGCAGCAGCAGCGGGAGUAUGAGCAGAAGAUGCAGCUGUUGAUGCACCAACUGGCUCAGUCCGGCACCGAGAGCAAUGGGUUGUCCUCAGCACACAGCAAAGACAAGAUACAGAACCUGGAGAGAGAUUUGUACUACUACAAGAAGACAGCUCGAGACUUGAGAAAGAAGAUCAAAGAGCUAUUGUCGAGUGGGGCGAUUUCUUCUCAGGUGGCAGAGGAGGCAGGACUGGUCAGCAGCUCGAUGCAGAGCGUGGACACUGAAGUGGCAACCCCUCGCCAAAGCAGCCAGUCACAUCACAGUUACCACCCUUUACACCGAGAACAACCAAAUUUGUACAGUCGUGACGUGACUGCCAUGAGUGCUGCGGGAGACCGCGAGUCCUCGUCCCGCCCCACAUCCUCAUCACGAGCUAACCGCGGUGGGGACCAGCAGGGACCGGUCACUCCCGUGAAGAUUUCCAGGAGAGAUCUUCGGCCCAUGUCUCAGGAGGAGGUCUCGUUGCGUCGGUCGAACUUGUCGUCUCGCAGCCGGGAUAACCACACUCCGAGAGACUCCUUAGAAGAUGGAGGCCACAAUCCAUGGGGAUAGAGUUCUGGCCAGAGGUCAAGUCCAUAUCUGCACAGACCCGGAUUGACUUACAAACAGACUGCAGAAUAAUCGGUUGGAGUAGCAAGCAAACACUGUGUAAUGGACAGUGACAUGUGCUCCCUUCACGAGGUACACACUGACAGCUGGAGUUACUGAACGAUACUACGUAAAGGCAGUGAUGUAUGGUUCCAUUUCUGAACAAUGCACUGGCAGCUGAGUGGACUGAUGAGCACAGUGUCAAGCAAAGUGAUACGUGGUUCCAUUUCUUAACCCACAUUAACCGCAGAAUGGACUGAUGAAUACCAUGUAAAUGACAGUGAUAUGUCAUACCACUUCCGAAUGAUGCGCUGGCAGCCGGAUGGAUUUGUAAAUACCGAUAGUGAGGUGUAUUUUCUGGAUGAGCUACACGCCAAGAACAGGAAAAAACGAUGAACUGACACACCACGUAUUUACUGCGUUCUUGAUAUAUUUGUGUAGUGUACUUCUUACUGUUCGUAGUUUCCGACAAUCUGUGAAAAUGUUUGUGAUUCAAGUUCAAUUUAACUGCUAUGGAAGAAGAGUAUGAAGGUGCGUACACUGUGUGGUUUGGUCAUUCUGUCUCUGACCUAUUUUCUCUGCCUGCUCAGGCAUGCUGACUCUCACACAGUCUGUAAUUUAGAAUAGAGAGAGAUGGUUACUUCGUUUUGUGCCAAUGGCAUUUUGCAGCAUGUGUUGUGAAAGGUGUGCAUGUUGCUCCAAGAGUGUUUAUGAGUGUGAUGUUUUUUGCUGUCCAUGUUGAAAUGACUUGACAUGCUCUCUUUCCCCUUCCCGAGCUGUAACUCUUACAGUGUAAGAGUAAUAAAUGAUUGUCUGUUAGUUCACUUUUUGAUGGUAACCCUAUGUAAACCCAUCUUAGGAGGCCAACAGUAAGCUUAUGUACUUGCUCACAGUCUUGAUCUUUGAGUUCCCAGUCCCAAUGAUGGCUUCCCUAUACACUAAAAAGUUUAUCAACGGGUCAAGAGGGUAUGUUGUGUAUUUUGUGGUCUUGGAAGUUGACCCUACCCUCGACACGGUUGAAAUAUUUGUUUUGCUUCUUGUUGCUGUAAGGUCAGAGAGAGAACAGCGGCGUUCAGCUAUUGGUCAUGAUUUGUAGCUUCAUAGUAUCAAUAGGGAGAAUUUAUCGCUACUUGUAACAGGUAGUCUGUUGUUAUAAAACACAGAAGACAUCUGAUGAUUGGUUGUGAUUUUUCUCAGUGUAAUACCAAUAUGAUGUGUUUGUUACAUAACAACAUUGGUAACGUCCAGCCAUUGGUUGUGAUUUUUCUGAAUGUAAUACCCGUAUAGUUUGUUUGUCACAUAGCAACAUGGGAAAUUUUCUACCCUUGGCUGUGAUGUGUUUGUUUACAUACAGCUUGAAAAUAUUUACAAUGUGUUGUUUUGAUGUGUAUGUUGGAUAGAGAUAUAAGGGACAAUAUACAGCUGUUGUUUGUAGUGUGUUUAGUAUUUAGCAACAUGGAAAAUUUACCGCGGGUUUGAUUUGUCGGGAGCAUUUACAUUAAGUGAUCAUAAUUCGUCCAUUUCAGAGGUUUUGAUGUUUUUUCCCUGCAUUAUCAAAGGCAGUUGUUUGCUCAGAGAUCAUGCCUCUUAUCUGAACUAGAAUGUGUUGAAAAGGCUGUAAGACUCAAGCUUGAAAAGCAAACAGUACAUUGUUCUGAGGUCCUACCUUGUAUUGAAAGGAGUAUUAAACUCAAGUUAGAUAAACAGAUUAGCAAACUAUUGUCCUUGGUACAGUGGAGGUCUGUUGCACUGGUUUCAUGUGGACUCCCUUGACUGACUGCUGAACUUUGUACUAGAUGCAUAGACAACAAAUGUCCACUACGGCUGUAGUUUUGGUUGUAAGUCACAUUUCUGCUUCUACUGGUAAAAGUGUUGAUAAGGGUCUAUUUUGUAUUUAUCCUGUAUUGAUGGUGCCUGCAGCUAAUUGGAGUUGCUCCUCAUGGAUAAUGUUUUCCUCUUCAAAAAGUUAUUAAACCCAAAAUAUGACAAAAUAAACCAGCACAUGUUAGGAAAUUCCUAUUGCAGUGAUUACAAGGAUGAGGUUAGUGGUCUGACCUGUGUUCUGUGAUCUUGCAUCUCUUCAGGGGUUGAAUAUUUGGUUUUGAUGCUAUGUCUUUCUCUUUGGUGUUGAUACUGGUGGUGAGUUCUUUCUUCCUUUGGCUGGGAUGGUCUUCCUUCUCCUAAAGAGGAGUAUGUUUGAAAGUGUGUGUUCACUGAGUAGGUCUUUGAGAUUUUGAAAUGGCUUGACAGGGAACAUUUUAGACAUCAUCCUUUGUAAUUUUUGACGUCAUCUUCUAUAAUUUUAAACCCCAUGCUCUGUAAGAAAAGCUGCAAAGCAGAAGGUUAGUGUUUGGCUCUCUGUAUCAUUUGGAACACCUUAUAGAUGUUGCCCACCUUUUUCAUAUAAAAUGUCAGAUCCAUUGAUGACACAUUGCAAUACUUUCUCUGUGUGGUUGUAUUAUGUUGUAUAGAGUAGGCUAUUGUUUUAGAUAUGUGCUCUGAUGGUAUUUCAGUCUUGUAUAGAAAACCACCUUCAGCUCUUAACAUUGUCCAUGUAGAGAGUUAUGUCUUGUUUUAGCUCCUUCAGAAAUAGGAAUGUAGUUCAUAGUUCAUAUUUUAUAGCUCACUCAACCUGUGUGUAGUGUGUGUGUGGGAGUUGGCGGAUGAUCUGGUGUGUUUUGCUUCUUCUUUCUUAUCAAACAUCUUUCGUCGUUAUCUCUCCUCCUUCUUUUUUAUGUUUAUUAAUCUUUUGUGUCACCUUUAAUCUGUUCGACACCUAUAUAUAUGAACUACUUGUGUUGUAAGUGCCGCACAAUUCUUACAAAAACAAACAUAAUCAUAACUCUACCAAUAGAGGAGGAUUUUCUCUCAAAAUUUCAUAAUUUUUUUUCAAAAGAGAGACAUGUGUAAUUUAUUUUUUAUACUUUCGUGAACCAAACUCAAAGAUUUGGAGUCUAUAUUUGGUGAAUAUUUUUGUAACUUUUCUUUGUCUUAAUGUUUUAACUAUUCUAUGGUUGUAACACAAAUCUAAAAAUACCUUGUCAGCAUAUAUUCCUUCUCAAAGAUUUGGGUUCUGAUGAUGAUAACUAGGAGGAGAUGCGGCUCAAUUUAGUAAAAUUAUUAAUACGUUUGUCAUCCAUUUGGCCAAAGAUCUGUUAUAUUGCUUCUCCUUUAAUCCACUCCUAUCUCCACCUGUUUAACUGAGUAGACAGAUGCUGGUCAUUUUCCAGAAGGAUCUGACUUCUCUACCUUUUCCUCUUUUGUCUUUUCUUCUACAAUUCUGCUUGGUGAUUAGGGGGUUUUCUUUUUUUCUUUUGGUAUUAUUCCAGCAUUUUUUGUUGAUGUACGGUCAAAAAUUGCGUUUCUCCUAUUUUGUAGUCCACCACUUUUUCGUUACUUGACAUCUUUAUUUUAUAUAAAUUUAUGAGGACUUAUUUUUUUUCUGUCUUGGGGCCGCAUCAAUAAUUAAUGAAUAGGUAGAUCCACACAAAAUAUAAACUGACUUUGGGGUACCAAAACGUGUUUUGGAAAACCAGUUCACAGCAGGCCUAAGCUCAGUGAUAUCUUUGGACCGAAAAGAAAAGCAUUAAUAUCAUCAGCAUUUUAUAUAUUUUGUACAAACAGUGAUGAAUUAUGUGCUGCCACCACAUAUCAAUAGGAUCUUCAAGGGAAUGAGACCUGGAGGUAGAUCUCAUACAUAUGGGACACAGCUGGCUGGGGAUAGAGAAGAUCACCCAGAACUUAGACUGGAAGAGAGCUUUUCUUGGUGGCCUACCACGGGGAAAGAAGUAGAUGAUGAUGAUGAUGAUGAUGAUGACCACAAAACAAUAAUUUGUUCUUGUAUUUUGUGUUGACGUCACAAUCCACACACGAUCAUUUUGUUUCCGAACCAUAUCUUUAUCAGAUUUUCAAGUAUUCAUUAAUGCGUGCAAACGAAACUGUGAUGAAUUAUUCAUGGCGUCAAGUGGAUAAUGUAUUUGUUUGUCAUAUGAUGGCAUGAUGCAGUCUUCUUGUUUGUGAGUCACCUUUUCUGUUGCCUUUGCUCUUUUGUGCUAAAGACUAGAGUUUUAUCAAGCCUGCACUGUUAGCCCAGUUGGUAUCAUGCUGGGCAUGGAGCAGGUGGCGUUUGUUUGAAUCCUCCAUGGGUUGUUUUAGGAAGUUUUUAAGAGCCUCCAACCAUUUGGCUUGGCCUUAUCAGAGAUAGACAUUGAAUUCGGAGGUCGCUCCUCUUAUAUAACUUAGAGUGUCGAAAGUGGCUUUUAACCACCUGUACAAUGACAAUGACAAAAAGUUUGAUCAACAAGGCAUCAGCCUCUUAGCUGAGCCAGCUAUCAUGAUACUGGACUGUGAUGGUCAAGUAGAAAAUCAGACAUUCUUACACUAAAUUUUCAAGGCUCCUCGACCACUUUGCUGGGCCUUAUCAAAUGUUGACAUUAGUUUCAGAGGUUCCUCCUUUUAAAUUACCUCAUAGUAUUUAUAAGGACCUUAGACCUACACCAUAGUAGCACUGUAUUGAAACAGAAGACAGAGGCCAGAGUGUGUUACAGGAGAGUUUACAUCUGAUUUCCAGAUUCAUUACUGCUAGACUUCAGCAUUUAGUCUCACUGUAGAUGGACUAAUCUUGACCUCUGCACAUUGACAACACUUCAUCCACCAGACUGAGAUUUUGUAGGUUCUAAGAUUUUAAUAAUCUUACGGUAUUUUUCCACAUCAGCUCUUUUUCGGGACAGAAGAAAAGUAUCUCUAUAUUUUCCUGGCGUUUCUCUUGUUCAUGCCCAUGUGGGUAUUAACCUACUAUCAUAUUAAUAUGUGAAGCGUGCUUACAAAAUUAGUUGCUUCUUAGAUUCGAACCCUUUGGAAGGGUGAAGUUUUUACAAUUUAUAUGUAUGAAAUAAUAAAUGGCAUGUUAUACUCAAAGAAUAUGGCAUCAAUACAAAAUCUACAAAUUUGACCCUAAUGUCUAUUUUUGGCCUAUAACUUCAUUUAUGGAUUGCUGGAAGUUACUCUUUUUGUUAGAUCGCCUCACACAUUUUCAUGAACCCUGAUUUUACUGAUUUAGCGUUUGCAUGCUUUUAUUGGGAUGACGUUUGUUUUUUUUCUCCACUGUGAAGAAUUUAUGAAAAUAUGGCACUGUUUGUCUUUCUAUAGAAAGGAUAAGUCAGUUGACUUGUAAAGUACCUGUUGCAAUCGCUUUUCACAGAAGGUGCUACUUUUUCACUGUCUCAAAAUGUCUGUGUUCUAACUCCGAGAAAUUGUUAGGGGUUUGUUUUUAUUGGGGUUUUUUUUUUUUUUUGGAGAAAGCUGUUUUAUCAGCAGAAAUAUGUGUUCUCUAUAAAUGUGCGUUCUUUGACUGUUGACAUGAAGGACAUACCAGAUCUGAGAGUAGUUGGAAAAGGUGGAGGGAGUAGGUGGGUUCUCUAAGGUGGUCUGCUUCUUCUACUUCUUAAUGUUACUGUUUACUUCAUCUUCAUGAAAUGUAGCAGUUAUUGUGUGGGCUCUUUGUAGACUUCAGCUCAACUUGGCAUAGAAAAAGAUAAGAUAAGACACUUUGAUCACUUAUAUCCUACUUCCAUUGUAAAAAACCGAACUUCAAUAAUCAAGCUGAGAUUUUGUUAGUGCUACAUAGAUGCUAUAUGUAAUAUAUUCAUGUCUAUUUAUGAUAAGAGCACACUCCUGUUUUUUUAUAACCAAUCCCUCCAUUUAAAUCUGUGUUUUGUAUGCUGCAUUUAAUGUUCCGAGUUCAGUCCUCAAACGUCCAUCCACUUGCAUUUUUUUCGUAUGAACGAAGCAAGUCGUUAUUAUUGUGUUGAGCACUGUUGUACAGUAUUGUUCUUAGAUGAACAACCGUGCUGCUUAGCCGUCCAUAUAUAACACCGUCAAUAUCAUUCACAAUACAUUUCUGUGUUUUGAUUUGGUCAAAAUGUCUUGUCCGUCCAUUAUUUAUCUAAAAAGAGUUUUUUUGGUUUCCCGCUGGAUCCAUUUGUCAUUCAUCUUGCAUUUCCUCUAGAAUUAAGAAGCAUUUUAUGUCAAUGCAUUUUUCUUGACUUACUAUGACUAAAAAGAUAAUUCUAGAAGUCUUUUGACUUAUUCCAACAAAAAAAGAAUUCUCUUUUUCUGAAUAUAUAUCGUCAACCAGCUGAUCAGAUCUACUAAGCCCAAAAUUUUUUGAAAAAAUUGUAAAUUGGUGAUAUCUGGUGUAUAUACUUAAUAAAUAUUAAAAUUUGGUCAAAAUUCUAGUUUUCAAUGUUGAAAAAAAGCAUUAAACGAUACAUUAAGUAGGAACAAUUUGUGAAAGAAUUGAAAGUUGUUGUUUUUUCCUCUUUCCUGAAAAAGUUUGUUUUCUUGGCUUAGGACAUUUGAACAGCUUGCUGACAGUAUUGAUUUCUGAUUG